AUGUCACAACCCAAGAUACCCGAAGAAAAGGUGAAGCCGCGAGAUGUGUCGAGUGAGGAAAUGGAAUUGGCGCGACUUGGACGGGAGUUGGAGGGUUUGGAGAGGAGAUUGGGGGUGUGGGAGUCGUUGAAGUUGCAUCGGGUUGCGGUUUUAUAUGUUCUGGCAGCAUAUUCUUGCGCUGCUGUAUACGGAUAUGAUUCGAUUGCGAAUAACACUACUCUGGCGAUGCCGGCAUUCCAAAUCUAUUUCGGUGAUUUUAGCGAACAUUUGAAUUCUUACUACAUCGAAUCGAUAUGGACGUCCCUGUGGGCUUCAAUGACUGGUGUAGGACAGAUUGUUGGGUCUGCGAUUGCUGGUCCGGUGUCACAGAGGGUGGGCAGACGAUGGACUGCUAUGGGUUCGGGAGCAAUCACUAUUGUGGGGGUUGCGAUACAGUAUGUUGCUGUCAAGAAAGGUGUGCUGUUGGUUGGAAAGAUGAUCAAUGGUGUUGCUGUUGGAGGACUGUUAAGUGUUGGGACAACUUAUGCUUCCGAGGUAGCACCACCUCGUGUUCGCGGUGUCCUACUUGGAGGAUUUACUUUCUUCGUGGUGGUUAUGCAAUGUGUUGGACUUGGAAUCAUACGUUCGCUUGUCCCAAAUCUACGACCAGCGGCAUUUCGAACAGCUCUUGGCCUUCAAUGGCUCGUUGGCGGAAUCCCAAUUGUUGCCUUCUUCUUCUCUCCAGAAUCCCCAAACUACCUCAUCCUCAGAGGACGUACACAAGAAGCAAAAGCAUCCAUAGGACGAAUCUACGGCACAAACAACUGCAUAGACGCACGUCUAGCCCACCUUCAAGCCGGAAUCGAUCAUGAAAGCCAAAAGUCCAACUCAUCAGCAAGCUAUCUCGCCUGCUUCCGAGCCACCGAUCGCAAACGCACUUUAACAGUCUGCCUCCUAAUGUUCGGCAAUGGUCUCAUAGGCUCCGCCUUCCUAACUCAAAACAUCUACUUCCUAGGCCUCGCCGGUCUCGCCGCCAAAACAGCCAUCUCAAUCAACAUCGCCGGAUUCGGACUCGCCCUCCUUUUGAUCCCCCUCUCUUGGCUCUUCAUCGACAAAAUCGGUCGUCGACCCCUCUAUCUCAUCGGCGCAGGCGGGAACGCCAUAGGCAUGCUCAUCAUCGGCGCUCUCGGAUACUCUUACACCAAUCCAACCGUCUGGGCCGUCGGCGUCAUUCUCAAUCUCCUGAUCACAUGGCAACUCUUCACGAUCUAUACCGUCUCCUGGUCGCUAGCACCAGAACUCUCAUCGUACACCCUCCGUCAACAAACACAAUCUAUUGGCGUCGCUGUCCAGGCAUUCACAACUUGGUUCUUCGCUUUCGUCACGCCGUACCUGUAUAACGUCGGCUCCUCCUCUGGCAAUCUGGGCGCGAAAACGGGCUUUAUAUUCAUGGCUACUAGUUUGAUUCUGUUCGCUUGGUCAUGGUAUUGGAUUCCUGAGACUAAGGGGCUGGGCACGGAGGAGAUUGAUAUGUUGUAUGAACGAAGCAUACCACCGAGGUUCUGGGGGAAGGAGAUGAGUAGACUAAGGAGAGGUGCCGAAGAUGAGAGGGAGGAGCGGAGGAAGAGGGAGGAUGUUGAGUUGAAGGAGUUUGAGGCUGGUGGGGAUACGAGGGUUGGGUUUGGAGGUGGGAGGGACGAGUUUGGGUUGUGA